UCAACGGAAACACGUUUGAAACGCCUGCCGUCUGAUCUUAGAAGUCUUAUAAAUAUGUUUUUCCAAAAGACGUCUUCAAGUGAGACCAAAGUGAAAGUGUCAGCGACUUAUUCAACAUAGUGCAACCUUAAAUGGGCGUGACUUAGAUCCAAGUGCGGUUGCAUUGCAGCGCACAUACAAUGGCUGCUCGAAAGAUAGGAAAGCAAACAAAUUUCAGGCCCGCCGCGUCUGGCAAAAAUAUGAGAAAAAAAUUAUUAAAAAUUCGGAAAAUAGUUUAAAGUCAAGAAAAACACAGCAAAAGGGAUGUUGAAGCGACUAGGGCUCGCGCCCCCGGACGAUGUUGAAAAACUGGAUAAGGUACUUGCAUCAGCACAAUUUGGGAAGUGCACCUCUAUCCAUGUAAGUGGUCUGCCUUAAGGUGCCAUGGCCACAGGAACCCAGGGCCACCUUGACCAAGGUGUGGAGCAAGCAAAGCUUGCACCACCCAUGGGGAGGCGCAAAAGAGCAGAGGGAAAGCAAAAAAGGAAUUUCCCUUGCCAAGACUGCCAGAAAGCUUUCAACAGUUUGGAGAAGUUGAAGGUGCACUCUUACGCUCACACCGGUGAGAGACCCUACUGCUGCUCCCAGCCUGGAUGCACCAAGGCUUUCGUCUCUAAAUACAAGUUGCUGAGGCAUAUGGCAACUCACUCACCAGAAAAGACCCACAAGUGUUCAUACUGUGAAAAAAUGUUUCACCGCAAGGACCACCUAAAGAAUCAUCUACACAUCCAUGACCCAUAUAAGGAGGCAUUUGCAUGUCAGGAGUGCGGUAAGAGCUACAACACCAAGUUGGGCUUCAAGCGCCAUGUUGCCCUUCACGCUGCCAAUAACGGAGAUCUCACCUGCCAAGUGUGCCUGCAACCGUUCCCUAGUACCGGAGUGCUUCUGGAACAUCUCAAAAGUCAUGCUGGCAAGUCUUCUGGUGGGACCAAAGAGAAAAAGCAUCACUGCGAGCAUUGCGAGCGGCGGUUUUACACCCGUAAAGAUGUCCGGCGCCACAUGGUGGUCCACACGGGACGUAAGGAUUUCCUUUGUCAAUACUGUGCCCAGCGCUUUGGUAGGAAGGACCACCUGACACGGCAUGUAAAGAAGAGUCACCCUCAGGAGCUGCUGAGGGUGAAAACUGAGCCCACGGAUUUGCUGGAGCCUGUUGUCUAUGACUUGGUGCCAGGGGGAAUUAAGGGAGAACUCCCAGACACGCUGACAACAAUGCCGCAUCAGCACAACUUCUACACCGGCCCCAUCCUGGACUCGGAGCCUCUCCCCAACCCCGCACACCUGCGCUCUUUAAAAUACCCAUUGGGCUCCAACAUUACCUCAUACGCUGUCUCCUCACAGGAACGGGAGCAGAAUCUAAAGGGAGAACUGGAGAGCUAUCUAUUGGAGCUACAGAGCGGCUUUCCCUCCUCGUCGUCUGCGGCGCAAGAUCCGCAACUCCCCAUCUGCAAACUCGAGACGGGAGAUCAUGUGGAUAUGCUGGAAGAAUCAAGUGAGGAAAGAUCCUUGUCCAAAAUUGCCACAUCAGUGGCAACAGCUGCUUUGGCAAGCGACUCACUCGCAUCCUCCUCGUCCUCCCUGAUGGACUUCUCGCAGCUUUUCAAUUUUUUACCGCUACACGGACCCCUCUACAAUCAUACAGGGGGCGGCGAGGGGCAGCAUACACUGAACGAAGAGAACGUACAUCUCCACCUGCCCCCCGAGCCUUCCCAAGUCCCAGAGGCUGCACAGAGUCCACUUCAGAGCCAAGCUUCUUUUAUUUGCAACUUGAGCGCACCCACCACGUUGCCCCGCUUUCAUCAGGCUUUUCAGUGAUCCCGGAAGGUUUGUGCUUGACACACACACACACACACACAUGAUCACAUAUUGAUCGACCAAGAUAGGUGACAAUCUGCACUGUUCAGAGAUCGUAUUAAUUUGACAUCACUUUGAUGACACUGUUCUCAAAAUUGUGCUUGCUUGAAGAUGUUUAUUCAUCACUCCCAGAAGGGAAUUAACUGUAAAAACUGACACAAAAGGAUUGAGCAUGUAAACCAUAAAAGAAAUUGCAAAGAAAAGUCUGCAAUAUUGUGGGAGAGUGCAGUUUAACUGCAAUAUUGACUGUAGUUGCAAAGGAAAAUAUUUACAAGUUAUUUACAAAAAUGUGUUUCUGAGAGGAAAAACACUGCUGGUUUUGUAUGCAAUCAGUUGGAGAAUUAUCCAAAAUGGUUUUGCCAUCAUUAGCAAAGCUGUGUCAAGAGUGCUGCAAUGCUUAAUUGAAAUUUUGCGGGGCCGCUCUGCCGCGAAAUUCAGUCUGAUUGCAUGAAUUUUCAAACACAACCAACAACAGUACACUGAAACUCUGGAAUUUGGGAUGUGGAUAUUUUUCAAAAAUAUAUACAUGAAUAACUGCUAUGUCUUUAUUAAUCCCUUGCUAACUUUUUGGUUGUAUAAAGACUAGGCAUUCUGUAUGCAUCUUUUUUUUUUUUUGCUCGCUUGCUAGCUUUUAUAUUUGACUUCAAAAUGACAGAUGAUUUUGAAAUGACCUGACUGUCACAUUCACUUAACACAUCAUUUACUAAAAGCAGCUGCUGUUCGUUUUACUUGAUAAAUAUAAUCCAUUCAUGAGAUCUGCUUUUAUCUGUAUCAGUCCAGUGUGCCUUAUUCUGAUAUUAUUAUCAUACAAGUAAAAUCAAGGUCGAAUUUUAUGUGGAGGCCUAUGUCUGCCAAAACAGUGGAAAGUAAACUAGAGAGUUGGUAAGGUAAGAAAAAUUGGAGUAGUAAAGAGUAACAUAAUGAAUUUCAUAUUAUUAAGGACGAGGUAUUAGGAACUACUGAGUAUUGGUUUUAGUAUUACAGUUAUACAUUUGAUUUUCCUUUGUAAUAGAUUUUUUUUCAUACUUUGGCAAUUCAAAGUGUCAUAGUGUCAAAAUUCCACUUGUGCAUUUUUUUUAAUGUAGCAGAGUUAACAGCAUUCGUUUCUGUGGUGUUUCAGAAUUCAAUUUCAAAAAGAAAAAUCUUGCUAAAAACUUUAAAUGCUCACAGCUCCCCAAAAGCACUUAAAACAAGACAAAGAAAAGUCUGGAUUUGUAGCAGCUCAUCAAUGGGAUAAUCUUUUUUUAAAAUUCAUCUCUAGAAACUGAAUAAACAUUAAAAUAUUAACAUAAUAAGCCUACAUCUUUGAAUUUAAAAUUAUGAAGCAGUUUUGCUUUCAAAAAGAAUUUUUUACAUUGCCUUUAAUUAUCGGGAAUUGUUACAAAAUUGCAAUAAAAAGAGAAAAUAAUAUUUGAUUUGCCACACUUCAUUAAAAUAGAUGAAGUAAUGUUCAGUAGCGCUUAGUGUGUAACCAGAACUGCCUUUGCUGUCAUUUGAAAACAAAAUGGACAAAAUGAAAUUUGCGUAUCUGUCAUGGAUGCCUCAGAAUUGUAACUGUAAAUGUAACUGGCUUCCAACUGGAUCAAAUAUGUCCAGUAUAUCACCCGCACUUUGUAAACAUAUACUUUUGAUUAAAAAAAGUAUACGAAAAAAAUUGACUUCAUAGUCGAAUGACGCCAUCAUAUAGUAAAUAAAAUUAAAGCUAAAAGGUUUUGCACUCAUUGUACAUGGAAUAGUUGCAAAGUAGUUAGAACAAGCACCCACAGAAUGUGUACAUUAUAAAAUAUUUUUUUAUGUUGGAAAUGUAGGUUUUUGUUUUCGCAUCAUUGUGCAUACUAAAUUUAGCACUGUCACAAUGUGUAAAUAUAUUUUUGUAACCACCAAGACCUCUCGUUCAGUGCAUCCACACAUUACAUGACUAUUUUUUACUCAAAGUAACUUAGGCCAACUGAAGAUGUUGAUCAGGAGACUAAAAUCGCAAGAUACAUUUAAAAAGAAAGUGAAAUAUGAUGUAUUUUAAAACAUGACGAAAUUAAUUUGUAAAUGCAGAUAGCAACGAUGUACGUAAUGUUUUCAUUUUAUUCUUUGGACUGCAAAAAAAAAAGAUUUCUUCUUGUUCUACCAGCAAAUAACAUUUCUACAUGAAAUGCUUGACUCACAAUUAACAGUGUUAUUAUCAUUUGCCGUAGCUCACAAGCAUCUCGUUUUUAACGCUUCAGUGAUUUACUUGUCUUGUUUGUAUCCAUUUCCUUCCUCGAUUCUUGAAUUUGGUGAGAUGCACGUUUUUGAAUGCCGAGUUGAAUUUGGUAUGUUUUAAAGCAUUUGCAAAUGUUUGCUAUAGUAAUAAGCUUUGUGGUUUUGAAAGAAAUGUUACCAAGCUGCUUAUUCCCCCCAAAAAUUCAUUUUCUCCAGUUCAGUUUGUUCGGAACAUUUGUCAUGAAUGUAAAUAUCACAUUUAGAACAAUAACAUGUAAAUAGAGCAUAAGAUAUUUUACAGGUACAUUUUGACAGUGUUUUUUUCCUCUUUCAAAGUAUAAUUUUUGCUUUACUUGCACAUGUUAUGUAUGUGUGUGUGUGUGUGUGUGUAUGUUGAGGGGUCGGAAAUUAAACCUUAAAUAGAUUUAUUUUUCUGCCAAGGUUGGAUCGCAGUGUGACAAAAGUUGUGUAUAGUUUUUUUCUGCCUAAAAGCUGCUAUAGGAGAAGAUUACCAAACAGCAUUUGGAGGUGGCAGGGAUGAAAGAUUUAAUUGCUGAGGGUGGGGAAAAAAAGCACACUUGAAAAAAAUAAAAAGAAGUACAUGUGGAUAAAAUCCUUAGACCACGUGCUACCGCAGUCAAGUGUGGAAAAAUACCCUCAACCUUUCAUUCCAAACUUCUUUGAACGCUUCGGUGGUACCAGCAAAACAUUUUGAAUGUGUAUGGAAAAAACACUGCAAUAUUGCAAUAUAUUUUUCUAUUGGAUCAAGCUGCUAACAUACUUCUAAAGCUCCUUAAGGCGCUACAGACCUCUUUUAUAGUUUUAGAAUGUAUUGUUUGUUUUAAAAGUAGUCAUUUUAGCAGAGCAGCUGGCAUGUGCACGACUAGUUGUACGAUAUAUCUCCAUAUAG